CCCAGUCGGUUGGCACCUCUGCCAUUGUUCGGAUGCUUUUAAUCUCUAAGCAACUGGCGGUUUAAUUAAAAAUUUCGUAUACGCCGCGUGUAAACAAAUAAUGGCUUUAGCAACGCUGUGAAUGCCGCUAAGUCUUCAAAGGAACGGCUAAAAAGCUUCUUAAACGAAAAUUCAAUAAAAUAACUUUUUGGGGUAAUCGCCAGAAAUUGAGUUAAAGUUUUGUUUCCGGUUGGCGCCAGUUGGCCAUUGGUACUGGCCAACUUUGGACCUGACCGAUGAUAAACUGAAAAGUAAACUUUUGUAAGAAUUUAGCAUUUUUCAGUACCAAGUGUUCUUAAAAAAAAAAAAAAUACAGAAUUCAAAAGCAAACAAAUUUGUAGAAAAAAAGUUGCAAUGCAAGGCACUAACAAAACUAAGUAGAGUGACAUUUUAGUUUGCGUAAAUAAAAUAACUCAAUUAUCACGGCAGGGUCACCGGCGGAUAGCUAAUUGCAGCUAACCCCAUUGGCGUUUAGCAAACGGAAAAUGGUUCGUGACCGCUGCAACCGCAUUGCCGCCAAACCACCAACCGCACCACUGAAGGCAUCCCCGUGGCGGCGACACACGACAUCCUUGCCAAAUGCGGCAGUUGAGGUGCUGGCAAGAAAAUAAGCGCCACUUUCGCGUUCACCCUUGCGGGCACGUUCCGGAUCCUGUUUGGAGAAGCUCGUAAAAUUCACGGGGUUUCGGGGUUUCGUGUUUGCGGGGUGAGGCCAACCAGACAUGGAGGCUAUCAUCAUGACGACCCUGCCCACACUGACAACGGAUGCGGCUGACAGUAGCUUUUGGCUAACCGGAGCCCUCUCGCUUUCCACGAUUUUGGCCAACUCGAGCCACGGCCCAACCGGCAGCACUUCCUCGGCGGCAGGCAAUCCCUCGGCGGCAUCCUCGGCGGUGAAUGUGGGGAAGGACCAUGACCAUGACAAGCACGUGAACGACAGCGUCUCCACAGCUCUGAGCAAUUACAGCUCAUACCCCAGCUACAUCCACUACCGGGACAAAUACGAUCUGAGCUACAUUGCGAAAGUUAAUCCUUUUUGGCUGCAGUUCGAACCGCCUAAAUCGAGUACCUUCCUCGUGAUGGCCACCCUAUACUUCGUCAUUUCGGUGGUCGGAUGUGUGGGCAAUGCCUUUGUCAUCUUCAUGUUCGCCAACCGCAAAUCGCUGCGAACCCCGGCCAACAUUCUGGUGAUGAACCUGGCCAUCUGCGAUUUCCUGAUGCUCGUCAAGUGUCCGAUUGCCAUAUACAACAACAUCAAGGAGGGGCCGGCUUUGGGUGAUGUUGCCUGUCGCAUCUACGGUUUCGUGGGCGGUCUAAGUGGCACCUGUGCCAUCGGAACGCUCACGGCCAUCGCUCUGGACCGGUACAAUGUGGUGGUGCACCCGCUGCAGCCGCUGAGACGCUGCUCCCGCCUGCGCUCCUACCUGAUUAUCCUGCUGAUCUGGUGCUACAGCUUCCUGUUCGCAGUGAUGCCGGCGCUGGACAUUGGCCUUUCUGUAUAUGUGCCUGAGGGGUUUCUGACCACCUGCAGCUUCGACUACCUGAACAAAGAGACCCCCGCCCGCAUAUUUAUGGCCUUGUUCUUUGUGGCGGCCUACUGUAUUCCGCUGACCGCCAUUGUGUACUCGUACUUCUACAUCCUGAAAGUGGUCUUCACAGCCAGCAGGAUUCAGUCGAACAAGGACAAGGCCAAAACGGAGCAGAAGCUCGCGUUCAUUGUGGCCGCCAUAAUUGGGUUAUGGUUCUUGGCCUGGUCGCCUUACGCCGUGGUGGCCAUGAUGGGGGUCUUUGGCCUGGAGCGGCACAUCACGCCCCUGGGAUCGAUGAUUCCGGCUCUUUUCUGCAAGACAGCUGCUUGCGUGGAUCCCUACCUGUAUGCGGCCACUCACCCGCGGUUUCGUGUCGAGGUGCGCAUGCUCUUCUACGGUCGCGGGGUUCUGAGGAGGGUCUCCACCACCAGGUCCUCGUACAUGACCCGAUCCCGAUCCUCGUUCACCCACCGAUUGCGCAGCAGCAACACCGGCGACGGAGGAAUGGGGGAUCAACGACUGGAGGGCUAUCUGAUGAACAACAACCUCAUGAUGGUGCCCGAGGAGACGGAGGAGAACGAGGAGAUCAUCGUGGUGGCCGAGAUCAACAAUUCGGUGAGCAGUGUCAUGGAACAGAGUAAGUUCUGAGGCGGCACUUCAAAAUAACCUGGUCUGUCAAAAAAAAUAUAAAAAAGCGAGCAUCCAUUCAAACACUGUAUAGUAGAGACCGAAAAAACAUAAAACCACUUGUUUACAUUGCUUCUAAUUUGUUUUUAAGAUCGUAAAGAUACAGAACUUUAUGUUUCUAUAUCUAUGUUUCACUAUAUUGUUUUAACGCCUUUGUCUUUAAAAAACUAGCUGAAACUAUACUCAAUUUAUCAUUAAUUCCCUAUUUAAAAGUAUUUAGUCUGAUUGAGAUGAAUAAUCAUGAGUUGAAAUAUAUCAAUAUAUAUAUAUAAUUUAACUAAGUUGUAUGUGGAAAUAAUAGGCACAACUGAAAUCAGAACGCAGGACGCAAAGUAAUUUCACUCUCCAAUAACGGACAGCAAUGGCACUAAUCAGUGGGCUUCAUGCAAUGUCAUUGAUGGACCUACAAUUGAAAUAAAAAUAAUAAAUAGAAAUGAAGCAGGGAAUUCCGACGAGCAGUGGCCGAGGGACAAGAAUAAACGACAGUGGCAACCACACUGGUGAUAGUAAACAUAUUAAUGAGCUUAUGUGAUGUUUAGACAGGGGCAGUAAGGAGCAGACAGGAAGAAAUACAGAAUGGACAACCUAGUCGAUAUAUGUAUACAGGGGAGGCACAUUUUAGGGGGGCCAAGGGAAAGGUUGAGUUAAGUACAAAGAAUGGGGUGGGCAUGGUAAUUCGAUAGGAAAAUUAAGCAGAAUUUCAGGGAAAGUCACUCAGAAUCAGGGUUCCGCCGUGGGUAUUAAAUGCUAGCAAGCGGAUUUACAGAAUGUGUGCAUUGUAAUUUAAUAUUGGGUAUAACACAAUCAAAAACAGAUUGCGGACUGCUUGGAUUUCAAUUGUGUAGUUCUCAAUAAAUUAAAUUAAUUGCGUUCAUGUCUCAAUGUCUAAUCCGGUGGUUCUGUGUAUAGAUAUUAUAGAUUGUAUACAAUGUCUACUCUUAAACCUAAAUAAGCAAACGACUUAAAUAAAGUCAUCGAGUACUUGUACCUGUAAGGAUAAUACGAAAAAGCGAAGAAUUGUAACUAAGCCAAAUAUAUAUCGAAUUUAUACUCUUGAUACUUAGCCGUAUCAUUUUAUAUAUGUACAUAGGAUGUCUUGCCACAAUGGGCCAGAGAACAAUGGAAACGCCAGAUGAAUAAGUCUCGGCCAGCGUUUUAAUUACUAGAACACAAAUUUAUGCCAUUGUUGCGACAAACCUAUAUAUUUCCUUCACUACGUGAACGAACAAUGGACACUGCUGUUUGUAACUGUGCUCAAAAUGAAAAUACAGAAAAAUACCAAAACAAGUGGAAGCGAAAAACAAUGAGAAAGCGGGAGAAAACCAUUUAAUUAGCAUAUUAAAAUGCACUUUGACAGCAAUUUUCUGUGUGCAUUGUGUGUGUUUUACUCAAGCAGCUUAUAUCUAAAUUAGUUUAACUCAGUAAUUGUUUGACAAGUACUUAUGUUUUUGUUGUGAUGGUAAUGUUAAAAUCCAAGCAAAGCUCGAUAUAAAUGUGCGAAAACUUUAAAAUACCAAUUAAUGAGUGUUUUAAAAGUGCAACUAGGUAAUGGGAAGCCAACCAGCCAGCAGGUGCAAAAGAAAAUAGUUGUGACUGGGUAAGUAUCGAAGGUAAAUAUAUUUGCUGGCGGGUUUCUGUGGAUGGAGGAUCCACGUGAGUCCGUUUCCUUUUGCUGGCAGCUGAUAAUGCAGUGAGCGGACACGCCGCGUAUACUUAAUGUACCACAAAGGAAGCCGCAUGCAUUUCCCAG